AUGUCCACCCGCAACCUCGCCAACGUGAUCGUCGACUCCCUCGCCAACGCAGGCGUCAGCAUCGUCUUCGGCAUCCCUGGCGCCAAAGUAGACGGCAUCUUCGACGCGCUGAGCGACCACCCAACCAUUCGGCUGAUCAUCUGCCGGCAUGAGCAGAAUGCCGCGUUCAUGGCAGCUGCAGUCGGGCGGUUGACCGGCGUUCCUGGUGUCUGUCUCGUCACGUCGGGGCCUGGCACGAGCAACCUCGUCACAGGCCUCGCGACCGCUACCUCUGAGGGCGACCCCGUCAUCGCCAUCGCCGGCACCGUCUCCCGCCUCCAAGCCGCGCGGCACACCCACCAGGCCCUCGACGUCGUCAAAGUCCUCGAGGGUGUCUGCAAGUCCGUCACCCAGGUCAGCGUCGAAGACCAGGUCAGCGAAGUCGUCGUCAAUGCCUUCCGCCGCGCACGCAGAUACCCGCAGGGCGCAUCCGCCGUGGCUCUGCCCAUGGACCUCAUCAAAAGCACCUCUGUCAAAACCCCGCCCUUCCCCAGCCUCAGCUUCAACCCACCAACUUACGGGAGCAGCAAUCCACGCCUGCGCAACGCCGCACUGGACAAGCUUCUCGCCGCCAAAUCCCCCGUCAUCCUGCUGGGUAUGCGAUCAGCUAACCAGGCCAUUGUCGCUGCCACCCAGCGGCUGAUUAAAGACUACACGAUCCCCGUAGUCGAAACCUUCCAGGCGGCCGGGGCCAUCAGCGAGGGUCUUCUUCACCGAUUCUACGGGCGCGUCGGCCUAUUCCGGAACCAACCUGGGGACAAAGUGCUCGCGCGGGCAGAUGUCAUCCUGGCUAUUGGAUACGACCCGUUUGAAUAUGACGCGGAGUCCUGGAACGUCAAGCCCUCGUGCCAUAAUAUCAUUCAUAUCGACUACACCGACGCCAAGGUCUCGCAGCACUAUCUCCCGGACAUCGAACUGAUCGGGAACCCAGCCGACAUCAUCGACGAGCUCAACUCCAGCAUGCACACGGCCCGGCCGAGUUUCUGGAAUGGCGCAGAGGACGCGCUCGAGAGUAUCCGACAGGAGCUUGAUAGCUGGGAAGCCACGGCGACGGUGGGGAUGUCCCUCAACGAGCCCGUCCAGCCGAUUCAAUUCGUGUACCUACUCCGGCAUCUCUUACCCAAGGAAACCGUGGUUGCCGUAGACGUCGGCACCGUGUAUAUCUACAUGAUGCGGUACUUCCGCACAUAUCUCCCUCACCAUCUCCUCUGCUCAAACGGACAGCAGACGCUGGGCGUUGGCCUACCCUGGGCAAUCGCAGCGAGCUUGUCACAGAAACCUGUACCGUGCGCGGAGAAGGUGGUGAGUAUUAGCGGCGACGGCGGGUUUAUGUUUAGUUCGCAAGAAUUGGCGACGGCGGUGCAGCAGGGGUGUAAUAUCACGCAUUUCAUCUGGAACGAUUCGGCAUAUAACAUGGUCGAGUUCCAGGAAGAGGCCAAGUACGGACGCAGCUCGGGGAUUAGGCUUGGUGGCGUUGAUUUUGUGAAGUUCGCAGAGGCGUUUGAUGCGAAGGGGUUCAGGGUGAGGACGAGUGGGGAGUUGGAGAGUGUGAUGAGAGCAGCGCUCGCGGUCAAAGGCGUGGCGAUUGUGGAGGUUGUUAUUGAUUAUAGUAAGAGUAAUGAGUUGAUGAGAAAUGUUAUUCCGGAUGAUUAUAAGUAG